AUUGAACAAGGAGCCCCACCCCCAAGCAAGGGCUGCACAGUACAGACUAUCACCAAUACAGAGAAAGGAAUGGCUACUCCUCAACUACACAUCUACUCAGAUACUAGCAAGCUGCAAGAAGAAGUGUGUGACUUCAUUGUAGCCAGAGCCAGCGCAUCCAUCAGUGAUCACAACCAUUUCUCUGUGGGCUUGUCCGGUGGUUCGGUUGCAAAGAUUGUCUCGAAGGGCCUCAGAGAUAGGAAGGAUAUCGACUGGUCCAAAGUGCAUAUAUUCUACUGUGAUGAGCGACAUGUAUCGUACUCCAGUGAAGACAGUACUCAUGGCUUCAUCCAGAAGGAGCUAUUAGUUCAUGUGUCCCCUGCUGCUGUGUACUCCAUCAAUCACUCCCUCAGUGUAGCAGAGGCUGCUCAAGACUACGUCGCUAAAAUACGAUCUCUCUAUCCUGGUGACGAUCUCCCGAGGUUUGACCUGUUACUAUUAGGCAUGGGCCCGGAUGGACACACUUGCUCUCUCUUCCCUGGCCACCCUGGAUUGUUGGAGAGGGAACGUGUGGUGAUCCCCAUCACUGACUCCCCUAAACCACCGCCCUCACGUAUCACCCUCACCAUCCCCGUCCUCAAUAGUGCUCGUUGUGUGGCUGUCAUCUCCACAGGAGGUAGUAAGGCUGAUGCAGUCAAGGAGAGCUUGGAGCCUGCCAGUGGUGUGGAGCCAUUACCAGCUGGGAGAGCUAGACCCACGGAUGGAGAGCUGCACUGGUUCAUGGAUGAAGGGGCUGCUAGCAAACUAGACAACAAAGCUUGAGAGAGAACUGAAUUGUAUAAUUAGUGUUCUAGCCAUUGACUCCAACAAAAUUAAUGAUCAGUGAUAUUCAUUUAA